CAAAGAAAUGAUGUAUCGAUGAUAAAUGAACUAGAACGAUACUUGGCCCUUCCACUUGCUCCAGAAGGAAACCCGCUUAAAUGGUGGUAUAAAUUUGAGAAAGAAUUUCCAACUCUUUGUAAAAUGGCAAAAAACUACUUGUCUAUACAAAGGACUAGUGUCCCAAGCGAACAUGCGUUUUCAAUCGCGGCUCAUACAAUUAUGAAAAUUAGAAGUAAUCUUGCUCCAGGUUCAGUACGUGCUGUAAUGUGCUUAAAAAGCUGGAUGACAAAGGUUCGCGAUGAUUAUUAUGACUAUGAUGAAUUAUAA